AAUGUACUAAAAUUCUAACCGGAAAUAAGAGAAUGCGUUGAAUGUAUCGUAGCAUUUUUCUGGGUUUGUGAACGAAUAAAUGUGCUUUAUUUAUUUUUUUUCUUUUUUGCGAUGUCAAAUCAAAACAUAAUUGGACCCGUUUUGCCACCGACGACGGGGAAAAGCAAAAAUGAUGAUUCAGAUGAGGAAUCCGCAAUCAUAGGUCCAGCUUUGCCUCCAAAGUAUAAAGCUUCAGAGUCCUCCAGCUCCUGUGAAGACAGUGAUCAGGAGGAGGUUGUGUUCAAGAGAGCCAAAUACUCAUCAUCAUCUAGGAACCGGCCUUCUUCAAACAGAGAUGAGAUGGAUAUAAAGCAAGUCAUGAUGGAUGAGGAAGAGGGUGAUGGCUUUUUUGGUCCAGCUCUUCCUCCUGGAUAUCAAAAGGGAGAGAAAUCACCUGAAGUGCCACCUCUACUAGGACCUGCGCUCCCUCCAGGAUUCAAAACACAAGAUCAUAAUGAAGAUGAUGAUGAGGAUGAAGAUGAAGAUGCAGAAGAUGAUACUACAGGUUUUUUAGGACCAGCUUUACCGCCAGGAUAUCGAAAGCAAGACAAAUCUCCUGAAAGACCACCUGUUGUAGGACCUGCUUUACCUCCAGGCUUUAAAAGGCAUGAUGCAGAUGAGGAUGAAGAGGAGGGAGAAGAAGAUGCUAGAGGAUUUUUAGGACCAGCUCUACCACCAGAUUAUACACCAGAUAUGUCAAGCAGUGAAGAAGAAGAAGAAGAAGAAGAAGAAGAAGAAGAUGAUUAUGUCGUUGGACCAAUGCCAUCAAAAGGACCAUCCCAGGACUCUGUGGCACUGGACUUUGAAAGAAGAGCUCAAAGAAUGAAAGACAAACUUACGGGAGUGGAUACUGGCCCCAAAGUGCUCUCCAGAGAGAGCUGGAUGACAGAGUUGCCUCCAGAGUUGCAGCACGUGGGCCUGGAAGCGCGAACCUUCAAGAAAAGAUCAGGCCCUGAAAACAAAGACCGCUCCAUUUGGACUGACACUCCCGCUGACCGCGAGCGAAAAGCUAGGGAACGACUAGAGGCUAAGGAAAAAGGUGAAUCUGCCAAGGAUGAUGGACCUCGUCUGUCUCAGAAAGAGCUUGAUAUGGCUGAAAAAGUUUCUAAAUAUAAUGAGUCCAAGCGUGGUGAAUCCCUUAUCAGCAUGCACACUAAAAAGAUGAAAAGAAAAGCUGCGGAGGACGCUAAAAAGCCUGUGGAAAGAAGGCCCUUCGACAGAGACGCAGACCUCCAAGUCAAUCGGUUUGAUGAAGCUCAGAAAAAAGCUCUGCUCAAAAAGUCACAGGAGCUGAACACCCGCUUUUCACACAGCAAAGACCGCAUGUUCCUGUGAGGGACGCUCAACAGACGUGUCUCUUGUUGUCAAGGAUUGUUUUCUAAAGGAUACUGCAUUGCCAUCUUUGAAGCAGCAUCCUCAUCAAGAAACUUUCGUUGAGAAUCAUUAUUUUUUUGACAGAUGUUUAAUUGUAUUAAUGCAUUAAAGCCUUUGGAAUUUUGUCACUUCUAUAGGUUUUUAGGCUACCUUUUUAUUAGUAGGUAAUUAAUACGUAAGUAUUGCUGUUUAUAUCCAGUGAAUUCCCUUGUAUUCUGUCUGUUUAAUGUUGGGUCAUGUAUUGUGCCCCAGAGUGUGCUUUUCUCAUUGAAAGUUCUUCACCCUAAAAUAAAAGAAAAAAAGAAUUUAUAUUUUGCUUAAUUAAAGAUGAGACCAUCUUUUUAUUGGAUCCAUUAAAACUUUUUGUGCUGUCAUAACACUUAAUACCAAAUUAUUAUUAACUCAGUGAUAAAAACUCAUCAUUAUGAUAGUAACAAUGGAAAUUCUAAAGUAUUUGCAUCACUAGUUUUUUGUUGUACUUUGAUUUAUGCAGCUGUCAAAUGAAUAUUAUUACCAUUUAAAUUCAUUACAUCUUUCCUGUUCAGUACACUAUUACUAUAUUAAUCGUGAUUCACAGUGAUAAGUUUACAAUGCAAACAAUCAUGAUGGUCCUAAUAUUAUUCCUAAUAUUAUUUUUUGUUGUACCAUGUAAAAUUAUCCCUUUUUUUUCUUUUUGCAUUAUAAUUUUAACCAUAUAAGUUUGAGGCGACAAGGCUAAACUCAGUUGUUUUUGUAUGUUUUUUCAGUUAUAAUAAAGUAUGGUCAUUUCUAUAAAUAAAAACCUAUCCUAUUCUA